AUGGCGAGAUACUCUCAGCCAGCCUAUGAUUUCUAUCAACAAUCUCCCUCCACAUUAAACGCAAAGCCCUCAUAUACGGAAGACGACGAGAUGAGUGUAUUAGACGACAAGAUCCUGGACUCGACCUCCCCGGAACUGGCCUCGUCCGUCGGCGACCACCGACGGUCGUCUUACGAACAGGCCCCGGAGGCUUUUGCGCAUCGAGAUUCCGUCUGGUCCGACUUCUCCCAGCAGACCCGUCAUGAGUCCGCCCACCUCGCUCACCCUCUCUUUGAGUCCGCCCCCAACCCCUUCACCCACCCUACCUCUACAUACGGCCACCAGGCAUCCUGGCAGAUCCCCAAGGACUCUGGUUCUUGCACCCCCGCCGCCAUGUAUGAGCCGUUUCCCUCCGAUCUGGACAACGGCUCUUCAGCCCCGUUCUCCGGCGGUGCGGUGGGUCCCGUCAGCUCCAUCAACGUUCCCUCCAUGUCAUAUCGUGCGGGCUUGAACUACCCCGGUGCGGUCGCCAUGUCCCCCCAGUCCAGUCAGGGCUGGAUGCCCGCUGCCACGGACAUUUCCGAUUCCAUCACCCGUCCCACCAAGAGCCCUACCUACCGACAUGGCUCGCCGUUGACGGUUCGACGGGACGGCAUCCGGAAGAAGAACGCUCGUUUCGAGAUCCCGGCGGAGCGCACGCUCAGCAACAUCGACCACCUGAUCAGCCAGUCCACCAACGAGGAUGAGAUCAAGGAGUUGAAACAGCAGAAACGCUUGUUGCGGAAUCGUCAAGCUGCGCUGGAUUCCCGUCAGCGGAAGAAGCUCCACACCGAGAAGCUUGAGGAAGAGAAGAAGCAGUUCACCCAGGUCAUCAACGACCUCGAGGAGGAACUGCAGAAUAUGCGACUGCGCGAAGCCGAGCUGCUCCGUGAGAAGGGCGAGUGGAUGGCCACCCGUGAGGAGGUCUCGCAGUACCUCACCAACAUGCACUUGGAAAAGGACGAGAUGAUCCGGGUGCACACGCUGGAGACCGCGGACCUUCGCAAGAAGAACAACAUCCUCAAGGAGACGGUGGAGAAACUGGAGCGCCAGGGCCGGUCCGCCGCCCCCGCCAACGUGGCCCCCGACUUCUCCGAGUUUGAGAGCAUGAUGGACAGCAGCCCGUGGGAGGACUUCACCAUGGUCAACAGUCUGUCCCUGGACGCGGAUCCCGCGCCCCAGCAGCCGAUGGCCGUGACGACGAACGAGAAGGCCACCGACCGCCCCGCUAACAGCGACUACCCCUUCAGCUGGAACGCCUUCUACAUGUGCCUCCUCUUCGGUGCAUUUGUGGCCUCCAACAACACCGCCUUCACCUCGCGCGCGAUCCCCCAGAUGUCGGAGGAGUACCGUGCGGAGUCGGCCAACGUGCUCAAGGCGGUGCUGUCCGCCACCCCGCCUGAGCUCUCGUCGGCCGGUAACCCGGCCGGCGCCCCGCUGCCGACCACCAUCAGCGGCGCCGAGAUGGCCCAGAUGACCGGGGGUGCCGCUCCCACGUCGAACCUCGACGAGCUGCACAACACGUUGACCAUGGCCACCAAGGAGCAGGAGCAGGAGCAGGUCUUCGCGCUCAACCCAGACCAGUACAACUCCUUGACGACCUUCGAGGACACGGACCCCAGCUACAAGACGCAGCAGCCUUCCAACCUCCAGCAGGCCCUGGCGGCCAUGCGGGGCAAUGCCGUCCACAACCGUGUGCCAUCCAAGGCCACCUCGGACGUGUACUCGCGUUCCUUGAUGUGGGAUCGCGUGCCCGACAAGGUUAUCCAGGAUUUCCGACGGAUGGUCCAGGAGUAUGGCGGCGCGACACCCGUGAAAGAGGAGAACCCCGGAUUCGCCCAAGCCUGA